AUGCGAAGCUCGCUGAAAUCAUUGAAGGAGUUCCAAAUUGCCAAUGAAACACCGAACCGGAUUAGCUCAGACCACACAACAACUUGGAAGCCACCACCACCGGGCUGGUUCAAGGUUAACGUGGAUGGCGCGCUCUUCUCGAAAACAAAACAGUCCGGCAUUGGAGUGAUUGUGCGAGACGAGGAAGGGAACGUGAUAGCGGCCUGUAGCAGAAAGCUAGACUUACCUCUAGGUGCUUUGAAGAUUGAGGCGAAGGCCCUAGAGGCAGGGGUUCAAUUUGCCGAGGAGGUGGGGCUCAGGAAUGUAGUGUUUGAAGGCGAUUCUUUGCUAGUCUUCAACGUAGUCCCAUGGUGUUGCAGAGACAGCGGCAUCGGUUCAGAAUAUCAUCCAUGGUGUGCUGUGGAAAGUCCAGAGCUUCAGAACAUUUGA